AUGGCCUCCGAGGAUGAGACCUCCGAGUCAAGCUUUUACGGGGACGAGGACGAGAAAACGCGCCUCGAAGAGCUCGUGAACACGUACGAUCCGGAGAAAUACUGGGAUGGACACGCAACUCGUCUCUCGACGAUCCAACAUGUAGAGAAAGAAAAAGAAAAGAACCGAUCGGUCUCUUUGAACAAGAACGAGGCUUUUGACAACCACCACGCAAAGAUAACCACCAGCUCAGAUCCAUGGAUUCGUAUAUUCCACCCCGACAGAAGCACCGACGAGAUAGGAGACAUCCCCAUGUUUGUACGGGAGGGCACCCAUCUGCUCAGGGGGUAUGUACAGGACAAGACGGCGACAAGGUCGACACCGAAUCCGGCCAAAAAGGCAGCUCUCACGCGCAGGCUGGAGAGCGAUCUCUUCGCGCUGGCCAGGGAAACAGGCGUGGUGAGUGGGAAAUGGAUGCUUUUCGUUUCGAGGGAGGAGAUCCGCUCUGUCUGGAGGGCUGUUGCUCAGGCCACGGGCGCCGGGGAACUAGGUGUUGCGGCCAAGGUGGCGAGGGAUGAUCUCAAUCAAUGUGGGAAUCAUGAUUCCAGGCUCGUGGCCGUAUAUACGCGUGACUUUGAAGAUAGACGGGACGUGGCGAGGGUGCUGGGGGGGUUGAAGGAGAUGGGAGUGAUGGGGGGGAAAGGGGAGAGACGGAGAACCAUCUACUACAAGUGCGAUGCCUGGACGUAUUUGGAGAUCAAGGCCAAUAACCCGUACGGACUCAAGGCGAGUCUCUACUCGAGUCGAGAUGAGAUAUAG